AGUUUGUUUGAUUUUUUUCAGAUGCUAUGAUAUUAGGAAACGUCUGGUUGGGUUGGCGACCCUGUACAAGGCUUUAUGUACAUCUUAUCCGACAGUACAGCGCACAAAGAAAUAGUUUCUAUUCUGUACUGGGCGUGGAGCCUGGAGCUGAUGGGAAGGAGAUUAAAGAAAACUUUUACAGAUUAUCAAAGAAGUACCACCCCGACUUAAACCAGGAUAGAGCGGAGGCUUUAUCAAGAUUUAAAGAGGUUGCAGAGGCCUACGAGGUAUUGUCCAACCCAGAAAACAGGAAAGCAUACGACCUUUACCAUGGCUUCCAAAUAAACAAGGAAAAUCCAUCUGUUAGAAAUCGUCAGUUUCGACGAUUUUCCGGGAUGAAGGGCUCUUUCCAGAAUGGAAGGUUUGUGGAUGAAGAAGGCCCCCCUGAGAUGAGAAAUAUUCAGUAUGACUUAAGUCCGGAAAAAAUGGAAAAAAUCUGGGCGAGAUAUCAAGAAAGGUGGAACAAACGCGAAGAAUUAGAGAGAGUAAGAGAUUUAGAAAAGAAGAAAGAGAUAUUCCGACGGAAAGUAGAAGAGAGAAGAGCAGAUAUGCAGAAUAUGACGGUAGAGGAGAAGGAAGAUUUCUUAUUUAAACUCAGAAUGUUGAGACCAGACGCGGAUAAGUCCUGGGAGAAGGUGGUUGAGGAUGGAGAUGAGAAGGAUACAGCUUCAGGAUGGAUCCGGAGAGAAAAAGAGAAGGUUCAACAGAAUAUGGAUUGGAGAGAGAAACUUCGAGAAUCUAUUAGAGAGAAAAUAGAAGAGGAGGAGAAGAUGAAUAGAAGAACUUCUACCUCACAAUUUAAAUAUAAUAGGACUAGGAACAGAGAAGCUGAAGAAAAAGAUCCUUUUCGUCAGACUUCUACUGAAAGAAACACAACGGGUUCGGAUGAAAAUCGGUCAGAGGACGCUUAUCAGGAGUUGGACGAAGAUCCGCUGAUGAAAGGAAUUCGUCAGGACGACCCAACCAACUUCACAGACUUUGUGUCCCAGGGGUACACGAGGUCAAGGGACACCUUGGAGGAGAUGAAAACCUCUAGGCCGUUCACCUACCACCAGCAGAGCGUUAAGCAUGGUAUCCUCCAUCAGGCGGAGGUCGGGCUACCCCGGUGGGUCAUAGUCUCCGCUUUAACCGUUAUCACACUCCUUGUGUUCUCCGAGGUUGUGUUUGUAGAUCAGCUAGAUAAACCUGUUGAAGGAAACCAACGUGAUAAAAGAUAACUUGUUAUUUAUAAAUUUGAUUUACUUUAUGUAAUUAGAAGAAUAUACGUGCCAUUGUUAAACUAAA